UACAUCAGUGAAUAACAUUUGUUUCACGGUGCCAUCUCUAAACGCCACUUGCAGUGUUGGUAAAUCCCCAGAAGUUCCUGUUUACAAUGCAUUUUGAAAUAAAGCAAGUUCUAAACACACAUUCAUGACCAUUAUCGUUUCCAAUGGCUCCAAGCGAUGUGGUCGUUGAUGACCAGCCGAAGAUUUCCACCUUUGCAGUACUGGAUCUGGAGACGACUAACUUGCCUGCUUACAAUUACAAUCGUGUCGGCAUUACAGAGUUGUGCAUUUACGCCUUUGAGGCCGAUCUCAUCAAGAAUGGAGUGGCAGUGCCUCAGGAUGAGGAGCAGGAUAAGCAGGAUCUUCCGGCGGCACCACGCGUGCUGCACAAGUUGAACCUGCUAUUCCAGCCAUCGAUGUUGGUCCAUCCGGAAGCCGAAAGUAUCACAGGUCUGAGCAAUUAUUUGCUGGAGCGGGAAUCCAAGCUGAACGGAGAUUCGGCCCAACUUAUCAUCAGCUUCCUGAAACACUUGCCAGCUCCGGUUUGCCUGGUGGCUCACAAUGGCUGGGGCUUUGACUUUCCCAUUCUGAGGCAGGCCUUUGAAAAACUCAAUAUGGAACUUCCCCAAUCCACGUCUUGUGUGGACUCACUACGUGCCUUUUUUGAGAUCGACCAAAAACGUCAAAAAGAACAAAAUCUCUUAAAAGUACCAGAGAAUGCGCAGCGACCUGAUCCUAAUGAUGAGACUGAAGCUGUCUCGGAACAUAAAUCCUUUGAAGAAACUGAAACUGCCUUUGAGGAACCGGAAAUUGCCAAGGAAAUCGACUGGCGAGCAAGAAAUGAAACCACUCCGAAGCGUCCUGUUCUGACGCCCAAGGAAGCUUCUCUUAAGCGCAAGCACUUAAUUGAUGGUGAAGAUGAUGAUCAUAGUCCUGCCAAGUUGAAAACUAAAGAGUUUCGGUCGCGCCGACAACUUUUUAGCGGUGUUCAGUGUGCUGAGACCAAGUUCUAUCCGCCACGCGGUGUUUACAGACUGGGAACUCUGUACACAAACAAAUUCCAACGACCAGCAAGUAAUGCCCAUCAGGCCGAGGCGGAUGUCGCCAUGCUCACGAAACUCAUCCAGCAUUAUGGCAUGGAUUUUUUGGCCUUUGCCGAGGAGCAAGCUAUUCCAUUCCACAAAGUAACGCCGCUUGGUGCUCCCGUUUGUCGAAAAUAGCGUGCAAUGUAAAUGUAACCUACUCUUAAGUAUUUUUGCAUGAACUAAAUUUUACUUUGUGACGCAUUUUAUAUUUUUUAUAAAUG